AUGUUCCUGUUCUUGUCUUUUCCACAAACAAAUAAAUCACGAGGAUAUAUUGGCUCGUUUCCAGUGACCUUGGGGAAUCCACGUGAUCGCGCGCAGUUCAUCGCCAAACAACUCGACAGUAUCAACAGAGAUCCGGCUACCAAAACGACUGGGACCAGUGUUGUGAUCAGUAUGGCACUGUGUGGAAUUAAAGUAUCCUCCUUGAACGCUCAGGAAACCUACAUGGUCCAUGCUCUCCGAAGAGUCUCCUUCUCAACCUGUCUCUCUGAACUCUUCGCUUUCGCCGCACGUGACCCUGGCCAGCCCUUGAAUCGUCAGUACUGUCACGUUUUUCGAACACCAUCGGCCGACAUUCUAAACUCCGUCAUCGGCGGCGCAUUCCAAUCCGCCUACACCAUCCGGAAGGGAAGCUCAACUGAAGCUCCACCCGCAGAUGAACGUUCCUCCUCGCGAAUGUCAGAACUAUCAACAAUGUCGACAGCUUCCUGCGCGUUUCCGAACCAGACGCGCGCUAUUCCACUGACUUCUACUCUCGACUCUGGCGCUGAGCCCGUCUCAACGAGCUCUGCUGACGAUUGCUUCGAGCCUUGCUAUCUUGAAAGUGUUGAGGAUACUUUCUGCAACUUCCGUCACGACUACGAUCCAAGCUCUAACACGAACAGAACAGCCGCCUCUGGCCCUGGUUCAUCGAGCAUUGGCACCUCUUCUGACAGAUCCAACACCCGCCCAAUGGCGGAUUACAAGUCACCAAGCACGACAGUUAGAAGCAAGACAUCAGCCCACUCUGAUGAUUCUGCCAUCAGCAGCCUCGCUGACGACCUCGAGCGCAGGGUUAUCCUCGAGAUUGAGAAAAACGCCAAGGACGACGUGGUCAGCUCAAAAUCCAACAACCGCCGUUCAUCAACCGGACCUCGACGCUCGCUUCGCUCGCUCGUCCGCCGCACUGCUCAAAACAAUGAUUCGGGCAUUCCAAGCUCUACUGCUUCUUUCGCUCAAAGCGCCAAAUCUAGCGCCCAACUCGGACAAACGCACUCCACCACAAAUACAGGCCACAAACAGGGCCCCUUCGGGAUUAAGCACGAGACCGCCACGAUUAAAAAGUCAACCAGUCACUUUGAAAACUUCGCCAACUUUGUGAAAACAAAUCCUGUGGCGCGAAAGCUGCGUCUACUCGCCCCUGGUGACUCUUAUCACGAUUUGGACAGUCGACUGCGCGUGGCCAAGUGGUACCACCAGGGCCUCCCAAAGGACAUUGGAAUCUCUGUUCUCUGUCAAUCUUCUCUUGGCACAUUUUUGGUGCUCAACAAUUCCGCUUUGUUGGUAAGAGGCAUUGAGCAUGUUCACGAAUAUCAACUGGUCAAAGAGAGCAAAAUCGGAUGGUACAUCAAGGGCUCCUCCCGAGCAUUUCCCCAUCUUUUGAUGCUGGUAGCGCACUAUCAAACACACCGCGAUAUUCUCCCUCUUUUGCUCGACUCUGCACCGAUUCCUGCCUCCUGA